UCCCAGCUCACAACAGCAUGCCCAAGUUAUCCCAGCUACUGAGUUCCGUGAUAUGUUUUCCUUCAUCAAGGACUCUAUAAGAGAUAUACAGAGUGAUGUUGCAAAUAUACGUCAUGAAAUGGUCGCCCAGGAAACACGAAUUCUACGCAAAAUGGAUGAAAAGGUACAAACAAUCCAAACUGAUCUUAGAUCGGAAUUAGUAUCAUCAACAGCUGCUCUCCAAGACCGUAUAGCAUCUAUUGAACAAAACAUUUCCAAAAGCGAUAGUGUUGCUGAAGAAUUUCGCUCUAUCAUUGUCAAAAACCUUGAGGAUACAAAUAAGUCUGACCCAAUUCAGGUAAAUGACCUAAUUCAAGGCCUGGGUCUCAAAGACAUUCCUGUCGAGCAUGUCUCAAGAAAGGAAAAACGUCAAGGUGCCAAGUACCCUGGUAUCGUGACUGUUGUUUUUAAAGAUAAAGCCUCAAAAGAAGAAGUUCUAAAAUCAAAACGUAAUCUGAAAAACAAUCCCAGAUAUAGAAAUACGUAUAUUGAAAAUUUUGUUACCCCAGAAGUCAGAAAAAUGAACUCAAAUCUAAGGACUGUACUCAAAGCAGCAGGUAAAGACACCGAGUUUGUUCUUAGAAAUGGUAUGUUUGUAAAGAAGGACGCCAAACAAUAGGAACUCAGCCGAUGUCGGUUAAAAUUGGGACAUUGGAAUUUAAAUGGAUUUUCGUUGAAAGACUUUACGGAUAAUUCCAUAUUUAGGAAGGCCAUUAUUGCGAAUCUUGAUUUCGAUGUUUUAAGUUUGAAUGAAACAUUUCUUAGAAAUAAUGAACAAUUGAGAGUUGAUCAUUAUAAAUGGUUUGGAAAUAAUAGAACCACUAAUCACACAAAUGCGAGACGUGGCUCUGGCGGAGUUGGAUUCUUAGUGAAAGAGUCGGUGCUCCAAAGUUUUAACUGUUCAAUACUUGACAGCUCAACUCAGGAUAUUUUGUGGAUUGAACUAUCAUCUAAAAGGUCAGAUUUGACAUUUAUAUUGUGCAGCUGUUAUCUUCCUCCCAUCUCCAGGACCACAACUAACAUGGCUCCAGAGACUUUUUUCUCCGACCUUACUCAGGGGGUUUACUCCUACCAAAACUAUGGCCAGUUGUAUAUACUAGGGGACUUCAAUGCACGUCUCGGAUCCUUAAAUGAUUUCAUAGAGGGGGUUGACAAUAUACCUCAUCGAGCGAGCAAAGAUAGUACAACCAAUGCCUAUGGGGA